AACUUCCACAGGACGGAGCCCCCGCCGGCGCCCUGAGGAGAGGAGAGCGGCGCGAGCUCGCUGGGCCCCUUCGCCUUCCCCCUCAGCCUCGGCGCGCAGCAUGAGAGUCCCGCCUUCCCCGCAGCGACGCGGCGGCGGCGGCAGCUCCGGCCGCUUCCUGCUUGCCUUGGUCCUGAGGAGCGGCCACCCUUCCUCCUGCUGCUGCUGCUCCUCCUCACUGCGGUGAGAGGCUGAGGGGCGCCUGGGCGGCGAACUGCGGCGCUUCCCUGGCCGGCCUUGAGGGAGCGAGCGAGACCCCAUUGGCUUCUUCCCAUGCUCUCCGAAAGUGCCCCGCCGCCUCCCCGCCCUGCUCGCCUGGCCUCGGAGGACUUGGGAAAGAGGUUGCUUCGCGCCGCUGCCGACAUCGCAACCGAGAACCUCGGAGGGGGGAAAGAAAGUGGGAGGGGGACGAGGAGGGAAACCACCGCGGGCAUCGCCACCCCGACCCCCAAAUAAACACUUUCUCCUCCCCUCAGAUCUUGCGUUGGAACAGCAAUCACUGGAGACUGUUAUUUGAAUUAUCAUCAUCAUAACCUUCAUUUUUGGGGGGAUGAUUUAAUGUUCUCUUUUUGUCAAAGGACUGGUACUUUUCCUAGUUUUUGGGGUUUUUUUUCUGGGAAAAGGGAACUGUGAAGGGAGAGCUUUCCUGGAUUUCACUGCACCUUGGAAUUCCUUUUGGGCUGGUUCAGAUUCCUCCCCGCGAACAUACAGACAUAUAAGCUGUAAAUAAACACGGAUCAGGGGUUUGUUUUCAGGCGAAGGUCCUUUCCAACCAACCAUGGAGCAUAGCAGAAUGGAUUACUUCUGCGAUCAGGUGCCGCAGAAAGAUGUGGGCCGCAGGAUGCAGGUCGGCCAAGAAUUUCUGGAGUAUCUGAACGAUCCCAGCGUUUCCACUGAUCUUGAGCAGGAUCAGCAACGCCUGGAUAAAGUCAUUGAUGAAUUGACAGGAUGGGUGAACUCUAGUAAUUAUAAGGUAUCACUACUUGGAUUAGAUCUUCUUGGUGCCUUUGUUGACAGACUUUCAGGACGCUUCAAAUCCUAUAUAGGACCUGUUCUUAUAGUUUUGAUGGAUCGAAUGGGAGAUGCCAAAGAUCAAGUUCGAGAUCAAGCACAAAAUCUUGCAUUGAAAUUAAUGGACCAGGCAGCUCAGCCAAUGUUCGUAUGGGAACGUCUUGUUGCUGGCUUUAAACACAAGAACUAUCGUUCACGAGAAGGAGUGUGUCUGUGUCUUAUUGCAACAUUAAACACCUUUGGUGCACAAUCAUUAAUUCUCAACAAACUGGUACCACACUUAUGCAUCUUGUCUGGAGACUCCAAUAGCCAGGUGAGAGAUGCUGCAAUAUUGGCGAUUGUGGAGAUUUAUAGGCAUGUAGGAGAGAAAGUAAGAGUUGAUCUUAACAAAAGGGGACUUCCCUCUGCAAGGUUACAAACAAUAUUUAUGAAAUUUGAUGAAGUGAAAAACGGUGGCAAUAUGAUUUCAAGCAACUUCAGUGAUAAAAGCUUUGAUGAUGAAGAGUCAGUGGAUGGAAACAGGCCGUCUUCAGCUGCCUCAGCCUUCAAGGUUCCUGCAGCCAAAAAACCUGCAACUCCCUCAAAUACUUCAAGAAAGCCAGGUUCUGCUGGUGGGCCUAAGGUUGGAGGCACCACCAAGGAAGGAGGAGCUGGUGCUGUUGAUGAAGAUGAUUUUAUAAAGGCAUUUACAGAUGUUCCUACUGUACAGAUUUAUUCUAGUCGUGAACUCGAAGAAACGUUAAAUAAAAUCAGAGAAAUCUUGUCAGAUGAUAAACAUGAUUGGGAUCAACGAGCCAGUGCGCUCAAGAAGGUCCGGUCAUUACUUGUUGCUGGAGCUGCUCAGUAUGACGGAUUUUUCCAGCAUUUACGGCUGUUGGAUGGAGCAUUUAAAUUAUCAGCUAAAGACCUCAGAUCACAAGUGGUUAGAGAAGCAUGCAUUACAGUAGCCCAUCUUUCAACAGUUCUGGGAAACAAGUUUGAUCAUGGCGCAGAAUCCAUUGUGCCUACUCUGUUUAAUCUGGUUCCUAAUAGCGCCAAAGUUAUGGCUACUUCUGGGUGUGCAGCCAUUAGAUUUAUCAUUCGUCAUACCCAUGUGCCCAGACUCAUACCUUUAAUAACCAGCAACUGUACCUCAAAAUCUGUUGCAGUCAGGAGGCGCUCUUUUGAAUUUCUAGACCUGUUGUUACAAGAGUGGCAAACACAUUCCUUGGAAAGGCAUGCAGCAGUCUUGGUUGAAACUAUCAAAAAGGGUAUUCAUGAUGCUGAUGCUGAAGCAAGAGUGGAGGCAAGAAAGACUUACCUAGGUCUAAGAAAUCAUUUUCCAGGUGAAGCAGAGGUGUUGUAUAAUAACCUUGAGCCAUCCUAUCAAAGAAGCCUGCAUACAUACUUAAAGAAUUCGGGUAGUAUUGCAUCACUUCCACAGUCUGACAGGUCAUCUUCCAGUUCACAGGAAAGCCUCAAUCGUCCCUUCGCAUCAAAAUGGUCCACAUCCGGUUCAACAACUAUGGCUGGCAGAGUUGCAGGAACUACCAAGUCUGUUCCAAGCCCAGGAAUGCUGCAGAGAUCUCGCAGCGACAUAGAUGUCAAUGCUGCUGCCGGAGCGAAGGCACGUCAUGCUGCUGGUCAGCCAACGGGAGCUGGCCGUUUAGCAGCCGCUGGUCUACCUCCAGGAUCAUAUGCUUCACUAGAGGAUACUUCUGACAAGAUGGAUGGAACAGCUUCUGAGGAUGGACGUGUGCGGACCAAGCUUUCAGCACCCUCUAUUGGCAUGGGAAACUCAAAGACAGAUUCCAGAGGCCGUAGUCGAACAAAAGUUGUGUCUCAGUCUCAGCGUUCAUCAUCGCCAGACAAAAAUGAAGCUGGCAGCCGUUCUGGUUCCCCUGGAAGAGUUUUGACUACAACUACACUCUCAACUAUGAACACAGGGGUUCAGAGAGUGCUAGUAAGUCAUGCAACAGCACAAAAGCGAAGCAAGAUUCCGCGAAGUCAAGGAUGUAGCAGGGAGGCGAGUCCUUCAAGACUGUCAGUUGCACGAGGUAGCCGUAUUCCUCGGCCUAGUGUGAGUCAGGGGUGCAGUCGGGAAGCCAGCCGUGAAAGUAGCAGGGAUACAAGCCCUGUCCGCUCUUUUGCGCCCCUUGCUUCCAGGCAUCACUCCAGAUCCACUGGUGCCCUCUACUCUCCAGAUGUUUAUGGGGCUACAGGCACAGGUUUUGGAAUAAGUCAGUCAAGUCGGUUAUCCUCAUCAGUUAGUGCCAUGCGUGUCUUGAACACAGGCUCCGAUGUGGAAGAAGCAGUAGCAGAUGCUUUGCUCUUAGGAGACAUACGGACUAAGAAAAAGCCGGUGCGAAGGAGAUACGAAUCCUAUGGAAUGUACUCCGAUGAUGAUGCCAACAGUGACGCGUCCAGUGCUUGCUCAGAAAGAUCGUACAGCUCUCGGAAUGGCACCAUCCCUACCUAUAUGCGGCAGACAGAGGAUGUGGCCGAGGUCCUCAAUCGCUGUGCAAGCUCCAACUGGUCAGAAAGAAAAGAAGGUCUUCUGGGGCUACAAAAUUUGUUAAAAAACCAGCGAACUUUAAGUCGCGUUGAAUUAAAAAGGUUGUGUGAAAUCUUCACGAGGAUGUUUGCUGAUCCUCAUAGCAAGGUGUUCAGCAUGUUUUUGGAAACUUUAGUUGACUUCAUUCAAGUCCAUAAAGAAGAUCUGCAGGACUGGCUAUUUGUGUUGCUGACACAGCUGUUGAAAAAAAUGGGUGCUGACUUGCUGGGGUCCGUGCAAGCGAAAGUUCAAAAGGCACUUGAUGUGACAAGGGAAUCUUUCCCCAAUGAGCUCCAGUUCAAUAUUUUAAUGAGAUUUACUGUUGAUCAGACUCAGACACCCAGCUUGAAGACAGUCAAGCCAGCACUGCAAGACCAGCUUCGCUCUUUUUGGAGCUCCAAGGUAAAGGUUGCAAUUCUCAAAUAUAUAGAGACACUUGCACAGCAGAUGGACCCGGGAGAUUUUAUAAAUUCAAGUGAAACUCGUCUGGCAGUAUCUCGAAUUAUUACUUGGACAACAGAACCUAAAAGUUCAGAUGUUAGGAAGGCUGCACAGUCAGUAUUGAUUUCUCUCUUUGAGCUCAAUACCCCGGAGUUUACAAUGUUGUUGGGUGCUUUACCAAAAACUUUUCAGGAUGGUGCCACAAAGCUGCUUCACAAUCACCUCCGGAAUACAGGAAAUGGUGGCCAGGGGUCCAUGGGAAGCCCUUUAACAAGGCCUGUUCCUCGCUCACCAGCUAGUUGGUCUAGCCCCAUCACUUCCCCAACCAAUACAUCCCAAAAUACUUUGUCACCAAGUGCAUUUGAUUAUGACACAGAAAAUAUGAAUUCAGAAGACAUUUAUAGUUCUCUUCGUGGGGUGACUGAAGCAAUUCAGAACUUUAGCUUCCGCAGUCAAGAAGAUAUGAAUGAGCCCAUGAAACGGGAUCCCAAAAAAGAGGAUGGCGAUUCAAUUUGCAGUGGGUCUGGAAUAGUGGAUCUGCGAGCAGGAGGUGGUGCCACUGAUACAGGCCGAACAGCUCUUGACAACAAAACCUCAUUGCUUAACACAAUGCCGUCUCAUUCUUCCCCACGAUCACGUGAUUAUAACCCAUACAAUUACUCAGAUAGUGUUGGUUCAUUUAACAAAUCAGCUUUAAAAGAGGCCAUGUUUGAUGAUGAUGCAGAACAGUUUCCUGAUGAACAUCCACUGGACCAUUCUGACCUGGUUGCAGAAUUGCUGAAGGAACUGUCAAAUCACAAUGAGAGAGUAGAAGAACGGAAAGCUGCUCUCUACGAACUAAUGAAAUUGACCCAAGAAGAGUCUUUCGGUGUUUGGGAUGAGCACUUCAAAACAAUUCUGCUUUUAUUACUUGAAACCCUUGGGGACAAAGAGCAUGCAAUUAGAGCACUGGCAUUGAAAGUUUUAAGAGAGAUUUUAAGACACCAACCAGCAAGAUUUAGAAAUUACGCAGAGCUUACAAUCAUGAAGACACUAGAAGCUCAUAAGGACCCCCACAAGGAGGUUGUAAGAUCUGCUGAAGAGGCUGCUACAAUGCUGGCCACAUCCAUUAGCCCAGAUCAGUGCAUCAAAGUACUUUGUCCCAUUAUCCAAACAGCAGAUUAUCCUAUAAACCUGGCUGCAAUCAAAAUGCAAACUAAGGUGAUAGAGAGAGUACCUAAAGAAACACUUGCUCAGCUCUUGCCAGAGAUAGUACCAGGUCUAAUACAGGGCUAUGAUAAUUCUGAAAGCAGUGUUCGGAAGGCUUGUGUCUUCUGUCUUGUAGCCAUUCAUGCAGUAAUUGGUGAUGAACUGAAACCGCAUCUCAGCCAACUCACUGGCAGCAAAAUGAAGUUGUUGAACCUUUACAUCAAACGUGCACAAACAGGCUCUGGAGCAGGUGACUCAGCGGCAGAUGUUCCUGGACAAAGCUAGUGAUGAUAUUGCUCGCAGAAGAAAAGACACAUCAGUAAAAGGAAAAGUCUCAAACUAAACUUUUGGAACUCUUCAUUUUUGUUGGAGGUUUUUUUUUCCUUUUUCCUUUUUCCCCCCCCUUAAUGGAGGGCUAUUCUCAGCCUGCAUGUGACUGUUGCAGUUAUUCCAUAUCCAAGGGAAAAGAAAAAACAGUAUUAAUAUCACCUGAUUGAAGCAAAAUAAAUUUUUAAAUCUAAUCCAUCAUGUUUUCUGUUCACACUCCUCUGUGUGUCUUCCCAUUAAUUUUCAUCAGUGUUACUGUACAUUUUUAUUUUUUAAAAAACAACCACCACCACCACAAACCUAAUUAAACAGGAAUGCUUUAAGCUUUAAAAGCUAAAAUCUAAAUUUCCUUGUUUUUCUUUGGCUACAAAGUAACAUGACUUUGUAUGGCUGUUUUUAUUCAAUGGCUAUGGGUGUUUUAUUUUUCUUUACUUUCUUGAGCAUAAGAACAAAGCCGGACUGGUCUGAAUUGCAACUCGGUCCCUGUACUGGAGUUGCAUCCUCAUGGGCAUGUCUUAAGUCAGAUAAUAGAGUUUGAAAGCAAGCAGUGCCCAUUAAUUAAAAAGAAAAGAAAAGCUGGAUUGAUCCAGUAUCUAAACACGGCUCACAGUUGAGUAUGUUUGUCCCAUAAAUAAAAAUUCCGUGCAAACUAAGGAGGACAAGUCAAUGUGGAAGACAUCCUAUUCAGAACACAGUGUUGCAGAACUGGGGGAAUGUGACGCCCUGCUUUCCCAAAUUCAGGUUAAGCAAAGUCACUUAAUGGAUAUGAACCAUUCUUGUCACCAUCCCUUCCUCAAGCAGGAUGCUUCAGAGUGGAGUGCUCUGCACAAGCAUGCUCCGUAUGUAUUUAUCUUUAUCACUAGAAUGUUUCCUCUCAACCUAAUUACUGGAACUAAUCGUUCUACCAUUUUAACUCGCGUAGGGAUAUAGGACAGCAAGCACUGCGGAAAGCUUUUCAGCAACGAAUUUUUAUUUUUUUUGCAAGAACUGGUGUUUGUUCGUUGACUUACAGGGGGAGGGCUGGGGAAAAGAAUCACAAGCACUAUAGAUCUUGAAACCCUUGGUUGGGGGUUUCAAUUUGAAUUAUUUGGGAAGGCAGCACCAAAUUUAUUGCAUGGUUUCCUUGAAAUGGUGUCAUUGAGACCAUCUGGAUAGAGAUGUGGAAAUGUUUUCAGGUUGUUUCUGUACCUUUUUUUUAACUUUGUUGUGAAUAAUGCAUCUUUGUAUUUAUGGAUUUCAUAACUGAGAGAAUGAAAAUCAAGAAAAUGUUCCCAAAAGUCUUCUGUUUCUCAGACUUAACCACCAUCUACCGAGUUUCUUAACUGAGAGAUGGGAGUGAGAUCAGCACCCUUCUCACAAUGGCUAGAACCUAGAUCUUGUGACCAUAGUUACAUAAUCUAGUUUUAAGGAUUGUGUUUUUAUAGGAGAGAAGAUAGCAGUGCCAACGAUUCUGGUUUUUCUGUGCUAGGCUAAGAUUCUCUCUACCUCUCCAGGGUGGAAACUUUUGACUGAGCUGCUACCCAUAAUGUCUUGUGGGGAAAAAAUUGUCUAUAGAAAUAUUUUUUUAUUUCAUUUUUGUUCAUUUACUAUUGUGUAUUCAAAACCCAAUUCUUUUAACAUGCAGCCAAAUACCAUUUUUAAAAGAGCUAAUAAUACUUUAUUUGCUAAUUACCUUGAAAAAUUGAAUACUUGGAGUUACAUAAUUUAAUAAAUUACUUUGACUUUGAUCAGAAGUUGUUCUGACUGGGAAAGAUGAGAGUUGUGGUUAUAAAAGAAGCAUUUGCUGUUGCAGAAAGCUGUUUAUCUGGGAAAAUAUUUUAGAAAUAUAUGUAAAAAAAAACAACCUUAAUUGUCAUUAUUCGUCACUGGCUUUUUUUAGCAGCUUCAUCAGGAAAAUAGUCUCCCCUUUCUCAUUUCCAUAUGUGUAACAUUCUUGUUUUCUACUGUUCUAUUACAUUGUGUAUUUAUAGUUCUCUGCUUACCAUUGUGCAUAUACAGGCAAUAAAAUGUACAUAACAUUACUUGAAAAAUUUAA